CCCAGAUUAAUCACCGGGGCGGCCCCAGGGAGGAGGAAUAUAGUAUGAUUUACCGUAAAGAAGCACGGACUUGGAGAGCAGGCUCUAGGACCAAAGCACCCUGGAGGUCAUGAGGCUGGGAUUCAUCUGUGCUCUGCUUUCUCUCCUGGAAGGGCAAAGCUGGGCAGACACCCGAGCCAUCGGGGGCAAGGAAUGCCACCCCAACUCGCAGCCCUGGCAGGUCGGGCUCUUCUUCCUCACCCAACUCUUCUGCGGGGCGACCCUCAUCAAUGACCGCUGGCUGCUGACAGCUGCCCACUGCCGCAAGCCGUUUCUGUGGGUCCGACUCGGGGAGCACCACCUCUGGAAAUGGGAGGGUACAGAGCAGCUGUUCCAGGCCACAGACUUCUUCCCUCAUCCUGGGUUCAACCAGGACCUCAGUGCCCACGACCACAAUGAUGACAUCAUGCUGAUUCGUCUGCCCAGGAAGGCAUUACUGGGACCUGCCGUGCAGCCCCUCAAACUCAGCCGGACCUGCGUCUCCCCAGGCACCCAGUGCCUAAUCUCAGGCUGGGGGGCCACAUCCAGUCCUAAGGUGCAGUACCCACUCACGCUGCAGUGUGCCACCAUUAGCAUCCUGGAGCGCAAAGUCUGCCAACGGGCAUAUCCAGGCCACAUCUUCUACCGCACGCUCUGUGCCGGCCUUUGGGAGGGCGGCCGGGGCCCCUGCCAGGGUGACUCUGGGGGCCCCCUGGUUUGCAAUGGGGCCCUGGCAGGUGUGGUGUCUGGGGGCUCGGAGCCCUGCUCCAGACCCCAGCGCCCUGCUGUCUAUACUAGUGUGUGCCACUACCUGGACUGGAUUCGAAAAACCAUGGAGGACAACUGAGACCUCGCAUCUUAGAGGAAAGGAGGGUGGGCGCAGGGUGGGAGGGUUUGCAAGACUCCAGCCUCAAUGGUCUCCGCCUUUGGCUUCGGCUGGUCUGGAGACGCCUUCUGGGUAUUCAAGUUCCCAGCUUCCAGAUAUUCAGACCCUGGCCCCCGCGAACUAUAGAGCCGCACCCCCUUGAGAGGAAAGACACCUUCGCCCCUCUUGGCCCCAUAUCUAUGACGUCACCAGAACUGCCACAGCCCCCAUGGAAUGGCAUCACCUUUGGCUCUACCGCAGUAAAGACAUCCACUGAAUAGCUCCUCCCUUCCGAGCUUUGGCCAAUGAGAUUUCCCCUCUGGACGCUACCCCUUGUGGCCACGCCUCCUUCGUCAUAGAUCCAGCCUCGUGACUUCACGGGAGGGUAGCUUCCCCCACGUGGAACUCAGGCAGUGUGUCUCUGCCCAGCUCUGGCCCGUUCUAGGCGUGUCCAGGGUUUGAAUCCUGGCGGGGGCCUGACCGGGAGAAGUUGGGAGAGACUCUCUGUCCCCUCCGAUCCAAGGGACGGAGAAUUUUACAUUAAACGUGAGGAGCCGCGCCUU